AUGGCUGUCAACAUUCCCCUCGAGCUUGUAAUGAAGAUUUUCACUCUCGCCACUCAUAGACGAGAGGAAGCAGCAUCCUGGAUUUGUAUUUCCAAAAGGACCUACAUCUUGUUCGAACGAUUAUUGUAUAAUAAGGUCGUCUUGAAAGAUGAAGACCACGCAUUCAGAUUCCUGGAAUGCUACCGCCUUCGGCAAACGCAUAUCGAUCCUCCUCCAGCAACUACAACGAUGUUUCUCGGCGAUGAUAUCACGUACACUACCCUAGUCGAGAUAUUGUCACUCUGCAAAGACAUCACCAACCUUUCCAUAGCGUCCGUCGACGACGACUUCAUUCGUGACCUCACAAAUCUGCAUCACGUACUGGAACCCCCUCCCCCUCACGGUGCUUUGUUUAAACCUCAGAUUAUCGCUGACUCACUCUUCCAUGGGAGAUGCUUCGGUUUGUUUGAUAUGAACGCCUUCCCCAAGUUGACCCACCUGGCGCUUUUGUUCGUCGUCUAUAACCCAGGAGUGGACGUCCCUGGCGUUGUGAAGCGUCUUCUCCAACACGCAACCCUGCAAGUCCUUGUAUUCCGUGUCGAUGGUCACAGCGAAUGUGCAACGUUCCUGGAACCCCAUGGAAUCGUGGAUCGUCGCAUCAUCAUCGGACCUUCAAGAACGUUUGUAUGGGAUGAUUUUGGACAUGGCGACAUGCUACUAUGGGAACUCGCUGAUGACAGGGUCAACAUGCCUGCCCCAAACCACACAUGUUUGAAAAUAGAUUCAGGGAUUAUAAGGGGCUUCCUCCUCGAUUUCCUGAACGCGAUGUGGACCAAUGAAGCUCUGCAAUUGAAAAACUAUGGGCUCUUUGUGCUGUCCGUCAGCAAUAACAGUCUCAAAUUUGUGGCGGUCAUAAAUCUUGUGCGCAUGGAAAAAUCCAAACUUUUCUUCUGCGUUUCCAUGGGGUCACUUCUCAGCAGCAGACAGCUGCGAGCCCUUGAGUUGCGAGUCGGGCAGCCACACAAAGAGGUCAUGUUUUGGCUGAAUAGAUACAGCAUGAACGAUCCUCGACUCGUGCUGUUACACACCAGAUUGGGUCAGACGAGCCAGUUAGGACAGGGAGACAUGUUGGUCGGGAGUGGUCGAGGAAAGAUCACAAUUUCCACUACCAAAGGAAGAUUCGACACGAAGUCGUGCUCCCAGGCAAUCCCAGGGAAACAACUGCGAAGGCGAAAAGAUGAUGUGGAGAUGGAAUCAACUUAUAUCGGUCAGAAGAAGUCGCGUGCUCGAGUGCACCGAGAGGAUAGUUUCCAGUCAAUGACACCGGCAAGAACGAAAAACUGCUUCUCCCUCAGGAUGAAUGCACGAUAUCACCGCAGCCAUCAAGCCAAUGAUGGCGAAACACAUUGCGAGUGA